CCUGUUAGCAGGAGCCAGUGCGUUAUAAUCCUCCCACAUCGCCCCGAUCCUUCGUGGCUCAUAGUCUCGCAGCCUCUGUGAUGCUGGACCCCUACUGAAGCCCACAGGAUGUUAAGCUGGGUGGGUAAAGUGGUUCCCCAGCCCCCAGAGGCCUGCGAGGAGAAACCAGAAGCACGGCCUUCUGCAGCUGAGAAGAAGGUGACAUUCAAGGAAGAAAGCAAAAAAGCGGUGACACUAAAAGAAGAGGAGGCGUCUGAGGACAGCAGUGCCCAGCCCAGGGUUCUGACAUGGAUUUCCCACAGCCUGGCCCACGCUCUCCCCCAGCCGGCAGGACUCGCCAAGCCUGAUAACAAGGAAGAAAAUGAGAAAAUCAGCAAUCCGGAGCCAAAUCAAGGUGUGAUGGGCUGGAUUGUCCAAGGGAUUGAAAAAGUGGUGCCGCAGCCAGAUGAGAAGUACAAGAAGCAGCCAGAGCAAGAGGACGACGUGACGGAGGUGCAUUACGUCGCAGAUGUACCAGAUGCUGAGCCUCUCGCCCACAUCCCCGUGGUGGAGGUGGAAUCUGAGCCAGAGGAGGAGGAGGAAAAGCCUCUCCAACUGCAGCCCAGGAUGAUGGAGUGGCUGAAGCAAGGCAUCGAGAAGGUGGUUCCCCGUCCCGAGAUCUACAUCCACGUCCCCCACGAAGGCGCGGCCCAGAGUCAAAAGAAAGCUGAGGAGGCUCCAGCUCCGGCGGGCGACACGGAGAAUGUGGUAGGCUGGAUCGUUGGAGGCAUUGGUCGCAUGCUGCCCCAACCUGUGCUGAAGAAGGACAACAACGAUGGAGUGGAGAACAUCAUCAUAGUCCAGGACCCAUCAGACAUGGUCCUGGAGGAGGUGGACCCAGACUGGGACAAGAAGGAGCGGGUCCAGCAGCCCCCCCAGGAGAACCAGGAGUUGCCGGCGGAAGAUGCGGGGACACAGACUGGCACCAUCGAGGGCCAGGCGGAGCAGUCCAUGUUGGCCCAGAUGGAGGAGCGGCUGCAGCGGGAGCGCCUGGAGGCGGCCCGCAUUGCGGAGGACAUGGCCUGGAGGGCGGCCGAGGCGGCGGUGAGGCAGCUGGAGGAGGAGCAGCGCACCGCCAUCAUCGUGGAGGACCCGCCUCCGGAGGCCAGCGAACAACUGCCCAACAUCCUGGAAGAGGAGAACGAAGACGAACCAGAGUGCUCGCCCCCCACCGAAGCCCCAUGCGUGGCCCCCCCGGCGCCCACCCCCUCUGUGAAGAAGGAAACGGUGUCAGAGAAGAGCGACAGCAUGAGUCAGGUCGCCCCCGCCGUCACCACCCAGCCCGACACCACCCAGCCCGACACCACCCAACCAGACACAGGACCGGUCGAUCAGCUGUCCGAGGUCGUGGCUGAAAUAGAGCGUCUCCAGAAGACCUCCGGGGGCUGUGCUCCUCCUACGCUCAGAGUGGAGGAUGUAGUCGAGGAUGAAGAGACCAUCCUGGCAAGGCUCAGUGGCGCUUAUCAAGACGGAGCGGUCGACAAGAAGACCCACCUGACGGCUGAGGACGAGGGCCGACCUGCGUCCGCCGCCAGCCUGGGCAGUGUGAUGGUCACCGAGCGGCUGUCUGAGCUGGUGCAGCUCUUCAAAGGCAGGACGGAGUUCCGCAGGGAGCGGCUGGUGGAUCCGGACGAGUCGGAUGAUGAGGAUAUGCCCGUCGCCGCUCCACCUCCUCCUCCUCCUCCUCCACCCCCAGAGGACGUGAAGAAGGACGCCUCCGCCGAGGGAGCCGGGGACGGGGAGGAGGAGAAGGAGGAGCUGGAGAUAUACUAUGACUUCUUCGGGUACCCCAUCAAGCUUCCUGCGCUGCCCAAGCUGCCCCCCAUGCCUGACUGGCUCCGCGUCGUCUUUGAGUACCGCUUCCCCUCCAGCAUCGACCCGUACACCGACUUUCUGUAUGUGAUGUGGCUGCUAUGCGUGGUCAUGGCGUGGAACUGGAACCUGUGGCUGAUCCCUGUACGCUGGGCCUUCCCAUACCAGACGCCUGAGAACGUGCACCUCUGGCUCCUCAUGGAUUACACCUGCGACCUCAUCUACAUCACCGACAUGGUCGUCUUCCAAACCAGGCUGGAGUUCGUCCGUGGUGGAGACAUUGUGUGUGAUAAAAAGGACAUGAGAGACCACUACAUGACCACAGAGAGAUUCAAGAUGGACAUGAUCUGCCUGUUUCCCAUGGAGGUGUUUUACUACUUCACUGGAGUCAACUCCCUUCUGCGGUUCCCCCGACUGCUCAAGUACAUGGUCUUCAAUGAGUUCAACGACCGCGUGGAGGCCGUGAUGAAGAAGGCCUACAUCUGGAGGGUCAUGCGCACCACGGCUUACCUACUGUACUCCCUGCACAUCAACGCAUGUCUCUUCUACUGGGGCUCCGACUAUGAGGGACUAGGGUCGACCAAAUGGGUCUACAACGGCAAAGGCAACGCGUAUAUCCGGUGCUACUACUUCGCCGUGAAGACCUUGAUCACCAUCGGAGGGCUGCCUGACCCCACCACUGUCUUCGAAAUCGUCUUCCAGCUCCUGAACUAUUUCACGGGCGUCUUUGCCUUCUCCAUCAUGAUUGGUCAGAUGAGAGACGUGGUGGGGGCGGCCACGGCGGGCGAGAACUACUACCGAGCGUGCAUGGACAGCACCGUCAAGUACAUGACCUCCUACCACAUCCCCCGGGACGUCCAGAACCGGAUCAAGACCUGGUACGACUACACCUGGAAGAUCCAGGGCAUGCUGGACGAACAAGAGUUGCUGAUCCAGCUCCCUGAUAAGAUGAGGCUGGACAUGGCCGUGGACGUCAACUACUCCAUCGUCAGUAAAGUAGCUUUGUUCCAGGGAUGCGACAGACAGAUGGUCUUUGACAUGCUGACAAGACUCAAGUCUGUUGUCUACCUCCCCGGAGACUUUGUCUGCAAAAAGGGCGAGAUCGGCAGGGAGAUGUACAUCAUCAAGCAGGGCGAGGUCCAGGUGGUGGGGGGGCCGGACCUGCAGAUCGUCUUCGUCACCAUCCGAGCCGGCUCCGUUUUCGGGGAGAUCAGCUUGCUGGCCGGAGGCGGAGGCAACAGGCGCACGGCCAACGUUAAAGCCCACGGAUUCGUCAACGUCUUUAUCCUGGAUAAGAAGGACCUGGCCGAGAUCCUCGUGCACUACCCUGAGUCCCAGAAACUGCUGAGGAAGAAGGCCAAGACGAUGCUGACCAAGGACAAGAAGACGGACGCUAAGGUGGACAAGGGGACGGUGGAGGUGAUCACGAUGCGACCGCCGACCCCCGAGCUGUUCAAGGCGGCGCUGCAGGUCACCGAGGAGGCGGGGCUUGAGGGAACCUUCGCCAAGCUGAAGAAGAGCUACAUGGCUACCGAGGGAGACGUCCCGCCUCCCUCUCCGAUGCGCCGACGCUCCCCCAUCCCGAGGGCCCCGCCCCCCGGGGACGAGGACGCGGUCUCCGAGACCACCGACGGCUCGCUGGUGAUCCGCAUGACCCCCCGGGUCGGGGGGGAGGAGCUACUCAGCGUGGAGCGGGGCUGCAAGGCCAAGGAGGAGUAGACACUGACGGGGAGAGGAGGAGUAGACACAGACGGGGAGAGGAGGAGGAGUAGACACUGACAGGGAGAGGAGGAGGAG